AUGCCCGGCCGCACAGUCAACGGCUUGGGAGGCUCGUCCAGGAAGCGCGCAAGGCGCGAUGCCAACGAUGGUGCUGAAGAAGAAGACGUCGUCGACGUACGAGAGGCUAGUUCCAGCUUACGCCAUGACUCGCAGCGCAAACGAGCCCGUAUCUCUGAGGCUGGUUCUAGCAAGGAUGUUAGUCGUGAAACCCGCGACAUGUCCCCAGAUUCGGAUAGUAGCGAAGAUGUCGACAUGGACGAGCCCGAGCACAAUGACGAACCCCCAGCAACACAAUACGACAUCAUGCGAGACGGUGGCUUCACUCAUCUGGAACACGAGGACGAAGACGAUCGACGUGCAACUCAGCGAAUCCGGUUGAGGAAUACAGAGAGAGGUCGGCAACACAGGCAUCGUCAUGCGGUUGAGGAGGUUGGCGAGAACCAUGUCGCGGAGAACGGUAUCAUCGAGAGCAUCGAGUGCAUCAACUUCAUGUGCCACGUGCGCUUGCACUGCGAGCUCGGCCCACUGCUGAACUUCAUCGUGGGCGAGAACGGUAGUGGAAAGAGUGCUAUUCUCACGGCCAUCACACUCUGCCUCGGCGGUAAGGCGAGUUCUACCAACCGUGGAGGUAGUCUCAAGAGCUUCAUCAAGGAGGGCUGUGACCAGUCCGUCCUCCGGGUAAAGAUCAAGAACCAGGGCCAUGACGCAUUCCAGCCCGAGGUAUAUGGCGACUGUAUCGUGGUCGAACGUCACUUUUCCAAAACUGGCAGCAGUGGAUUCAAGAUCAAAUCCGCCACGGGUAGGACCAUCUCUACCAAGAAAGGCGUUGUCGAGGAGAUUGUUGAGUAUUACUGCUUGCAAGUGGACAACCCCUUGAACGUGCUCUCACAGGACAACGCCCGCCAGUUCCUGAAUGCGGCUUCAAAUGCCACCAAAUAUAAGUUUUUCGUUCAGGGUGUUCAGCUACAACAGCUUGACGAUGAUUACCGUGUCAUUCAGGACUAUCUUCAAUCGAACGAAGUCCGAGCUGGCGAUCUCGAGACAAAGGCAGCAAACGCGCAGAAGGCUCUCGACAAAGCGCAACAACUCGAGCAAUUUGUCAAGCAGCAUGAAAGCAUGCGCCAGCAGGCUCGUCUAUAUCGCAGACAGUUGAUUUGGGCCCAGGUUGUGGACCAAGAACGCGCGCUUGAGACUUUGAAUGGCGCUGUCCAGGAAGCAGAUGGAAAUAUCGCCCAAGCUGAACAAAAAGCUCAGGAAAAGUCCCAAAUCUUCGAUGAAAUGGAGGAGAGAGUUCGUAGAGCGCAGACUUCUCUUGAGAAUGUCAAGUCUGAGGAGGCUGAGUAUAGAGAUAAGGUUGCCGCGGCUCAGCAGCAGUAUGCGACAGCCAAAGGUGAACUGGUAUCUCUUCAUCAGGAUGAGCGCGACGUUCACCAACGUGUCAAGAAUGCUUCAGACAAGAUGAAAAGCCUGGAGCACAAGAUCCGCGGUGAGGAACGCCGUCUAGAGGAUGCAAAUGGUGAUGCACAUACUCGAAAGCAAAACGAACUCGUCGCUGCCCAGAGUGAAGAGGCCGAGAUUGAUAUAGCGAUUGAGGAGAGCAAUGCUCUGAUGCCUCAGCUUGAGAGAGAAUAUGCCAACGCUGAGAAGGAUGUCAAGAAGAUGAACGAUGCCAUCGAACACAAAAGAGACGAGAUCACCUCGACGGAGAGCAAGAUUACGAAUCUGGAGCAGGGUGGUGGCUCACCAUACGAUGGGUAUGAGCCUCAACUACCACAACUACUAAGAGCGAUCGAGCACGACCAUGGCUUCGAGCAAAAGCCUAUUGGUCCAAUCGGCGCACAUGUGCAUGUUUCGAAGCCUGUUUGGUCUUCAAUCCUUGAGAGCACUUUUGGCGGUCUCCUCAAUGGCUUCAUCGUCACAAAUAAACGUGAUCAGCAUCGUUUACGUCAAAUGAUGACUCGACUCAAGAUCCGAUCCUGUCCUAUUUUCAUCGGUAGUGGCCAUGCCAUCAAUACUGAUGGUAGAGAGCCGGACCCAGAGUUCGACACGAUUCUCCGGAUUCUCAAGAUCGAUAACCAACUAGUUCGGAAUCAGCUCAUUAUCAACAAUCGUAUCGAACAGAUCAUCCUCAUCCAAGACAGGACGAAGGCUGAGCGAGUCAUGAUGGAUGGUCCUGCGCCUCGGAAUGUGGCUGCAUGUCUAUGUCUUCAUGAGAAGAAGCGUGGCUAUGGUCUUCGUAUGACCGUCAGAACGAAUGCCCGUGAAGGCGGUAUGAGUAUAGGAACUACGCCUGUCGAGCCGCCAGUCAACCAAAAAGCCCGGUUGAAGUCGGACUCUGGUAGUCAAGUCAAAUUUCUCAAGGAGUCGCUCCAGUUUCUUAGUGGUGAACUGCGAGAGCUCGACGGUCAAAAACGUAGGAUUACGCAAACGAUCCAGCGCUGCCGCACCGAGAUAGCAGAGCAGAAGAAAAAGAACAACUCACUCAAGCAAAGCCUGAGAGCCAUUCAGGUGAAGAUCAACGAUAUUCAGGAGGAACUGGAUGCUUUCGAUGGCGCGGAUGGACGACUACAGACUCUUCGCGAGGAACUGGAAUUGGUCAGGACAGAAAGAGACCAGUAUGGAGACCAAUAUGGUACUAUGCACUUGAGAAAGUCGGAGAUGAACAAGCAAGUCGAGGAUCUACAGAAGCAUCUCACACAGGAGAAAUCUCAACUCGCUGACUACGAAGCUCGGCUACACAAGGCGGAAGAUAAAGUCAAGCGUUCGGAAGAUACACGGAGACUCGCCCUCGUUGAGAAGAAUCAGGCCUUCGAGGAAAUAGACUUGAGCAAAGACGAGAAGGCUCGCCGCGAGCGGAAGCGUGAUCGACAGAUUCAGACUGUUGAAGAUUUCACUAGGCAGGCUUCCGAGCACUCCGAACGAGUUCAUAUCGGAGAGGGCGAGACUCACAGCACUGUGGAGAAAAAACUAGAGUCUCUCGAUAAGGCUUUGGCUUCGUAUGCCAGGACAAUCGGCAUGACGGACGAACAGGUCUUUGACAGGGCUGCUGCAGCCAAGGCAGCUCGUGACCAAGCUGUGGCGGCGCUCGAACAAACACGCAAAGAAAACCAAGCCCUGAAGCGGACGCACAUGAACCGUUUGGACCGAUGGAGGCAAUUCCAGCGUUAUAUAUCCGCAAGAUCCCGAGCCAACUUCAUGUACCUCCUCAGCGAACGCAGCUUCAGGGGUACACUACGUCUGGACCAUAAGAAGAGACUUCUGGAGCUCCAAGUGGAGCCGGAUCAGACCAAGAAGAGUGGUGCGGGUAGAAACACCAAGACUCUCUCCGGUGGUGAGAAGUCAUUCUCUUCGAUCUGCCUCCUCCUCUCCAUCUGGGAGGCCAUGGGCUCUCCAUUGAGAUGUCUGGAUGAGUUUGACGUCUUCAUGGACAACGUGAACCGCGCUAUCAGCACCAACAUGCUUAUUUCGGCGGCUCGUUCAUCUGUCAGUCGACAGUAUAUUCUCAUCACACCUAAUGCCAUCGAGGGUCGCGCUACUUUGGACAAGGAUGUGAAGAUCAUCAGGCUCACUGAUCCCCGCCAACGUUUGAUCGCAGGCCAUUAA